AUGGAGGAUAUUUUUAGUGCAGAUUGUACUGAGAUUAGAACUGAUGAGCAGGUGCUUGAGUGGUUUAUUUUCAGUGGAGGUUCUAUCGAGAUUAAAAGUGAUGAGCAGUUGCUUGAGUGGUUUGAACUGAAUAAAGAGAAGGGAAAGGUGUACAUUACUGCCCAGAUUAAUGAUUUUGAGGGUCCUUUGCAGUUUUCUCCUACAAAACGUAGAUGCCAUCCUUCUGUGAGGAAUAGAGUGCCCACCUAUGAGACACAAACUGCUAAACGACCCACAUCCACCAAAAAGGGAGCCACCAAAAACAAGAAAUCCACAAGUGUAGGAGUUGAGGAGGGUGUAGGAGUUGAGGAGGGAGUAGGAGUUGAGGAGGACAUACAUUCUGACACUGAUUCACUUGUGGCAGCAAGUGAUAGUAGCUAUGACAGUGACUUGGCUGCAUCCUCUGAUUCUGAUGAUGAUUGCUCUGACCCUGAGUUUAACCCCAAAGGUGAAGUUGUUGAUGAUGAAGAUGAAUAUGACCCUCCACCACUUGGUUAUGAUGUUGAUAACCCGAACAUUGAUGUAAAUGUGGUGUUUCCAGACACGGAUCAGUGCAAGGCUGCAGUUACACAAUGGUGUGUUUUGAAUGAUCAUGCUUUCAAGCUUAAGCAAAAGGACACGACCAGAUUUAGAGCCAUAUGCAAGAGGGCAAAGCAGGGUUGUUUGUGGCAGUUUUUUGCAUCUAUAAGUAAAAAAUACAUUGGCUGCAAGGUUAAGACUAGUGGUCCAGCACAUACUUGUGGUUCAUUCAACAAUUGUGGUCAAACUAUGGCCUCCAAUAAAUGGGUGGCUGAAAGAAUUGUUGAUUUGUUACGGGAAGACCCUGACAUAAAACCAAAGGAGUUGGAAAAGAGGCUCAAUAAGAGGUACUCGAUACAAAUUCCAUAUGAUAGAGUUUUCAGAGGAAAGGAAAGGGCAAUGGACAUCAUAUAUGGGAAGUGGGAUGAUAGUUAUAACUUGCUGCCAACUUACAAAGCUGAGCUUCUAAGAGUAGUACCUGACAGCAUAGUUGACAUUGACACUGAAAAAGAUGAGAAAGACGAUGUGUGUUUUAGGAGGUUCUUUGUUGCUCUUAAACCAUGCAUCGAUGGGUUUUUGCUAGGAUGUAGGCCUUACAUUGCCAUGGAUGCCACACACUUGACUGGAAGGGCGAGGGGUCAGCUAGCAGCAGCUUUUGCAGUGGAUGGUCAGAACAACCUAUUUCCAGUGGCUUAUGGUGUGAUUGAGACUGAGUCUGUUGAAAGCUGGACUUGGUUUGUGAAAAAAUUGAAGAAGGCUAUUGGUACUCCUACAGGCUUGGUCAUUAGUACCGAUGCAGGCAAAGGAAUUGAGACGGCUGUAGAUGAUGUGUAUCCAGGAGUAGAACAUAGAGAAUGUAUGAGGCACUUGUGGAAGAACAUGAAAAAGAAUGGGUAUGGUGAUGAGCUCUAUGGUAAGAAUAUGUGGGCAGCAGCCAAGACCUUCAUGGAAGACAAAUUCAAGUACUUCAUGAAGAACAUAGAGGAGAAGGAUCCUAGUGCAACAUCCUGGUUGGAUGAGCACCACCCAUAUAUAUGGAGUAGAAGCCUGUUUGGAGAAGAAUGCAAGGUAGAUUACAUCAACAAUAACCUCUCUGAAAGCUUUAAUAGUUGGGUGUCCCACACCAAGGAUUUUCAGAUUGUGGAUAUGCAUGACAAAAUAAGACAAAUGAUCAUUGAGAAAUUUGUUUUGAGAGCCAAGAUUGCUGCAAAAAUGUCAGGCACAAUCAUUCCAAGUGUGAUCCAUGCUCUAAAUGCUAAAUCCAAGAGUAUCAAGGGCCAUGAUGUAUUGAUAUGUGGGGCUGGAAAAGCUGAAGUUACUGUGAACAGAUUCAGGUACGCAGUCAACUUAGGCCAAAAAACAUGUUCUUGUAAGGCUUGGCAAUGCAAGGGGAAGGGGAAGGGGAAGGGGAAGGGGAAGGGGAAGAGGAAGAAGUGCAAGUGCAGCACCUGA